UUUCCCGGAUGUAGUGGUGGGAGGGAAGCGGGUGGUUUGCAGCCUGAGCUUCGCUUUUUGGUAGAUAGGGGCAGUUGGUGUUUGCGAGUGGGAGAUGGACCGUGAGCUCUCUUCUGAUUAGCGAAGCCGAAGAGCUCCUCAAAAUAAUCAGAACUAUUGAAAUAAUAGACGAGAACGGGUUGCUGAAACAAAAAUAAAACGUAUAACUUAGUCCAUCUUUCACAUCCACUCCACACACACUAACACGGCAUUGAUGGUAAUGUAUGCAAGGAAACAACCGAGACUCAGCGAUGGGUGCAACGACCGAAGGGAUUCACAGCCCUACCAGACGCUCAAAUACUCGUCGAAGAGUCACCCCGGUGGUGAUCAUCGCCAUGACAAGAUGCGAGACACCGCAGAUGCCACUCCUCCAUGUAAAAUGUAUCGGCGAUCUGACAGUCCUGACAACAAACACAUCGAUAACACGGGGCAUGGCAGAGGAAAGGCAGUCCACACGCACCGGGCCAGAGAGAGGGAUGGAGGGACGAGUUAUUCUCCACAGGAAAAUUCACACAACCACAACACACAUCAUAGCAGCUCCAAUUCGCAUUCAAACCCCAGCAAGACAUCAGACGCACCUUAUGAUGAUAAAGAUGACUGGUCAGAGCACAUCAGUUCCUCUGGGAAGAAGUACUACUACAACUGCAGAACAGAGGUCUCGCAGUGGGAGAAACCCAAAGAGUGGCUGGAGAGAGAGCAGAGGCAGAAGGAGUCCUGCACUAAGUCGGCGCCUGUCAACAGUUUCCCCAAAGACAGGGACUACAGACGGGAGGCCAUGCAGCAGGCUACAGCAGUCACUGGCUUUACUGCUGCUAAGUCAGCCCAGGUGGAGAAGCAGCCAGCCUCGGUGUCUUCACAGUCGUCCUCCUCAGGCUCGGUCCUGAACCCCACGUCGGGUACCCCCUGUACCUCCUCAGCCCUCACCACGGUGCCGGUGUCCCCGGUCCUGCAGUCCCACGCCCAUACCCCCCUGCUCCAGGACCCCUCCCUGCUCAGACAGCUCCUCCCAGCACUUCAGACCGCCUUGCAGCUCAACAACGCCAGCGUCGACAUGGCCAAGAUCAACGAGGUCCUCAAAGCUGCUGUCACUCAAGCGUCGUUACAGUCGUUGCUUCAUAAGAUACUCACGGCCGGCCCGUCGGCCUUCAACAUCACCACUCUGCUCUCCCAAGCAGCCCAGCUCUCCCAAGCAGCCCAGCUCUCUAGCCAAGCCCAGCAGUCGAACCAGUCCCCCAUGUCCUUAACAUCAGACGCCUCCUCUCCCCGCUCCUACGUGUCUCCCAGGAUCAGCACGCCUCAGACCAACGCUGGUCACCACAAAGCCCUGCACAGCACGCCGCCUGUCGCCUCACAAACCAAGGUGAGCAACACGCCAGUUGUGAAGCAGCAGGGAUCAGCCCCCCAGCCCUCCCCCCAGCAGCCCCUCCCCAGCGACAAACCGCACGGACAUGACAUCGCCGCCUCCCCAAGGACACUCCAGCGCCAAGGCAGUCAGAGGAGUCCGUCCCCAGGUCCCAACCACGCCCCCCCCAGCAGUAGCAGCAGCAGUGCCCCCACCACCUCCACACCCUCCAGCUCCUCCACCCGGCCAGCCUCCUGCUCCUUUACCUCCACCCUAGCCUCCUGCUCCUUCACCCCAACCCUAGCGUCACACUUCAAUGAGAAUCUCAUCAAGCAUGUCCAGGGCUGGCCCGCUGACCACGCAGAGAAACAGGCGUCCAGGCUACGUGAGGAGGCUCACACCAUGGGAAGCAUCAACAUGUCUGAAAAUUGCACCGAGCUCAAAAAUCUGAGAUCCUUAGUUCGAGUCAGUGAAAUUCAAGCGACAUUGCGCGAGCAGAGGAUAUUAUUUUUGAGACAACAAAUUAAAGAACUUGAAAAGUUGAAGAAUCAGAAUUCCUUCAUGGUCUGAGGACUUGACUUGAAGAGUGGAGAGGAUAAGGGGGAGAGACCCAUUGCACAUGGUUGGAAGAGAGCUCUUGGUUGGGAGAACCAUUGUGUUCUUGUUCUGUGCCCAGUCUUAACACUUUUGAGCUGCAGUUGGAUUGGCUUUGGACCACUGGACUGGGCUUUGACGGGGCUGGGUUAGGUGGAGAGAGUCUGAGUGGUUGAUGGUUGUUGUGGAGGAGGAGAGCAGAGAGAAGGGUUAGACAUGGCUUGCAUCCCAAAUGGCACCCUUUUCAAUUUAUACUGCGCUACUUUUGAACAGGGCCAACAGGACGCAACCAUGGUUGGUUUUGUUUGCACCCUGGAGAUGUAGAGUUCUUGUAGAUGUUAUCCAUGUUGUAAAUAUGUUUUGUAGAUGACUGAAGCCAUGGAAAGCCAUGUUUAUCAAAGCUUUUGACAUCCGAACUAGUCAACGUUAUGCCCGAGGAAUCAACAGCUUCAGUUCAUAGCCUUCUUCAUGUUAAACGCAUCAGUCGGGCGAUGUCCCAAAUGGCACCCUAUUCCUUAUAUAGUGCACACUAUUCCCUAUAUAGUACACUACUUUUGACCGGAACCCUAUGGGCCGUGGUCGAAAGUAGUCCACUAUAUAGGGAAUAGGGUGCCAUUUGGAACGGAGGCACUCAGUCUGCAGACUUCAAGCUUUUUUGUUAAUAGAUCAGUGAACCAUUGCCUUGAGCAUGUCUGUGACCUAUGACCUGCAUGGAACUGGAAGAUAGCGUUAUAAUAACUGAAACAUAAAAAAAUACCCUAACGCCAACAAAACAAACUCCCGUUUUUAGUUUUCUAGUUUUCUUUGCUCUUGCAUAAUAAUAAUAAUAAUGCUCCAUGGAUGAAACCCAGGCUUAUUUUACAUAUGUAUUACCCUCUGGUGGAAGUAUUAAGGUUACACAAACACACACAAUGUCUCUCAAAUGGCACCCUUUUCCCUUUAUAUGGCAGUACUUUUUGCAAACGUAGUGCACUAUAUAGGGAAUAGGGUGAUGUUUGGGAAACAGGUACCCAUCUCCACCAUCCUCCUAAAAAAAAAAGGUUAAUCAUGCCUGGUUGCAAUGGUUCAGAGAUCUGUUUGCUCACAGUAGCCAAACCAGUGCCUGAUGGUGUGAUGGAAAAAAUAUGAAUGAAAGAGAGCACAGCAAUGUGUUGCUUUGUUUACAUCAAGGUUAAUUCCCGAUGCUAGUCCCUCCCUAACCCUGCCCUGGCCACACCCAUUACAUGCAGAAGCCCAACCCCCUGGUCCAGCUCUUCUGAGGAGCCGCAGAGCAGUUGUCUUUCUAAAAACCCUGGCCACACCCAUUACAUGCAGAAGCCCAACCCCCUGGUCCAGCUCUUCUGAGGAGCCGCAGAGCAGUUGUCUUUC